CCACCGUCGGAGGCAGCACGCUUUGGGAUGCCUGUUGCUGCGGAGAGCACGGCCGUCGCGCCCAGGCGCUGCUCGCGGGCUUCCCGGCCGAGGCAGCUGGCUGGCCACUGUGAGGGCCGCCGCGUGCUGGGCUAGAGGGCCCUUGCCAAAGGCCUGAGCCUGCGGCGGGACUCUUCAAAGCGAGCCCUUCGCGCAGUUGGGAAGGGGGACGCCGCCCCCAGAGUCGGCCGGGGAGUCCGGCUCUGGCAAGGCCUGCCGGCCGCCCCCCUGCUCCAGCGGUUCCAAGGGCUCUUCGCGUGGAGUGGCCAACGUGCGCCUUUGUGCGGCCGGGGAGGCGAGGGGGCUCUGGCCUCCCGCCAGCUCCUGCCUUUGCUCCUCGCGGGCCCUCCUUGUAAACGCCCCGAGCCGGGGGUGGGCGGGACGGCCGGGCUGUGCGGGGACCCCCUCCUUGUCUCCCAUGGGGGGACAGGAAGGGGCCGGGCAGACGGGGGCUUGGCGCAUCCCUCCACCCGCCCGCCUGUGCCGGGUCUGUUCCGUCCGAGGAGCUUUUGGCCGCUGGCCAGGCUGCCGGCAGUUGAGCGCGGAGGAAGCCUGUUGCCUCCAUUUCCCACGUCGGCUCCUGCGCCUCGCUUGCCCCACCACGAUGCUGUCACUGCCAUCCUUACGUGCCGGCAUCCUGACUGGAAGAAGGGUUCUGGGUGCUGCUAGUGUCCGAGCAGCUCACGGACGUGGUGAGCAUGUCACAACCCAGACGGAUGUCUCCCAGCCCAUCUAUUAUGACAGUCCCAUCCAUCCACUCCCAGACGUCCCCUACUGCCAGGAGCUGGAUGCGUCACAGAAGGCCCUCAAGGAGAAAGAGAAAGGGUCCUGGAAGCAGCUGAGCAACGAGGAAAAAGUGGCCCUGUACCGGCUGAAGUUCCAUCAGAACUACGCGGAGAUGAACAAGCCGAGCAACGAGUGGAAGACGGUGCUGGGAGGCAUCUUCUUUUUCCUCGCCUUCACUGGAUUAAUUGUGUGGUGGCAACAGGUCUAUGUGUGCCCCCCAAAGCCGCACACCUUCAGCAAGGAGUGGAAGGCCAAGCAGCUCAAGCGGAUGCUGGACAUGCGUGCCGGCCCCGUGCAAGGCAUCUCCGCCAAGUGGGAUUAUGACAAGAACGAGUGGAAGAAGUAGGAGGAGGGCAGCAGAAGUCGAGGAGAGGCAGCCGUGGAUCCUGCUCCCCCUUCGCUACGGCUCUCGAGACAGAAUUGACCACCCAAGGGCAGCAGCUGGGAUCACGCUUCCUACUCCGCCAACUCCUCUCCCAGCCCCUGGUCCCUCGUUUGGGUCAUCUUCUCUCAGUCUGAACCUUCUCAAAUCCAGCUGGUGUGCUUUUGCCUGCAUUCCACCUUCCUGGUGCCACAUCAGCUGCUGUGGGAAGAGGUCUGGCAGGUGCACUGCCGUCUCUGUUCCACUGCAGAGCGGUUAGGGCAACCUUGGGCCCUCCAGCUUCUUUGGACAACUCCCAUCAGCCCCAGCCAGCAUGGCCAUGCUGGCUGGGGCUGAUGGGAGUUGCCUUCCGAAACAGCUGAAGGACGCCAGGUUGCCCAAGACUGGAUUAGCCCCAAGCCUCUCUGUGUGGCCUUAAUCACACCUCUUAAACUGCCUUGAUCUUUCCCUCCACGUAAUAAAACACUCUGCUAGACUUCA